CUGGCGGCCGAGGCUCGUGGCCAUGGAGUGGGCUUCGGAGUCGGCGGCCGUGAGGCGGCACCGCGUCGGAGGAGAGCGCCGGGAUGGCCCGGCGGCCGCGCCGCAGCCGGGGAGGGAGGCCCCGGCGCAGGAGCCCCCGGAGGACGCGUGCGGCGGCGGCGCGAGGACGCGGAAGCGGAGCGCGGGGGGCGGCGGCGCGAGCCGGGGCGCGGGGACCGGGCUGUCCGAGGCGCGCGCCGCGCUGGGGCUGGCGCUCUACCUGCUCGCGCUGCGGGCGCUCGUGCAGCUCUCGCUGCAGCAGCUCGUGCUGCGCGGGGCCACGGGCCGCCACGGGGAGUUCGACGCCCGCCAAGCCAGGGAUUAUCUUGAACACAUAACAUCCAUUGGCCCCAGGACCACAGGAAGUCCAGAAAAUGAAAUCGUGACGGUCCAUUACCUUUUGGAACAGAUUAAACUGAUUGAAGAUCAGAGGAACAGCCUUCACAGGAUUUCAGUAGAUGUGCAGCGACCCACAGGCUCCUUCAGCAUUGACUUCCUGGGGGGUUUUACAAGCUACUAUGACAACAUCACCAACGUCGUGGUGAAGCUGGAGCCCAGGGACGGAGCCCAGCACGCGGUCCUGGCGAACUGUCAUUUUGACUCCGUGGCAAACUCGCCAGGUGCCAGUGAUGAUGCAGUUAGCUGUUCAGUGAUGCUGGAAGUCCUUCGCGUCUUGUCAGCAUCUUCAGACACCUUACAUCAUGCUGUCAUAUUUCUCUUUAAUGGUGCUGAGGAAAAUGUCCUACAGGCCAGUCAUGGUUUCAUAACUCAGCACCCCUGGGCCAGCUUGAUUCGUGCAUUUAUUAACCUGGAGGCAGCAGGCGUGGGAGGGAAAGAGCUCGUGUUCCAAACAGGUCCUGAAAACCCGUGGCUGGUCCAAGCGUAUGUUUCCGCCGCUAAGCACCCGUUCGCUUCCGUGGUGGCUCAGGAGGUUUUUCAGAGUGGAAUCAUUCCUUCAGAUACCGACUUCCGCAUCUACAGGGAUUUUGGGAACAUUCCAGGAAUUGACUUAGCUUUUAUUGAGAAUGGAUACAUUUAUCACACCAAGUAUGACACAGCGGACAGAAUUCUAACAGAUUCCAUUCAGAGAGCAGGUGACAACAUUUUAGCGGUUCUUAAAUAUCUAGCUACGUCUGAUAUGUUGCCUUCUUCUUCUAAGUAUCGACAUGGAAACAUGGUCUUCUUUGACGUGCUGGGCCUGUUUGUCAUUGCCUACCCCUCCCGCGUCGGCUCGAUAAUCAACUCCGUGGUGGUAAUGGCCGGCGUGUUGUAUCUGGGCAAAAAGUUGUUGCAGCCCAAACACAAGACCGGUAACUACACGAAGGACUUCUUCUGCGCGCUUGGCAUCACUCUGAUAAGCUGGUUCACGAGCCUGGUCACUGUGCUCAUCCUGGCGGUGUUCGUCUCCCUGGCUGGACGGUCCCUGUCAUGGUACAACCACUUCUACGUCUCCGUCUGUCUGUAUGGAACUGCGGCUGUGGCCAAAAUAGUACUCAUACAUACCCUUGCAAAAAAACUGUAUUACGUGAAUGCCAGUGACCAGUAUCUGGGAGAAGUAUUCUUUGACACCUCGCUGUGUGUGCACUGCGUUUCCCUCCUGGCUCUCACGUACCGAGGACUGUGCUCGGCGUUUAUUAGUGCUGUCUGGGUGGCCUUUCCCUUGCUCACAAAGCUUUGCGUGCACAAAGACUUUAAGCAGCAUGGUGCCCAAGGAAAAUUUAUUGCCUUUUACCUUUUGGGGAUGUUUAUUCCUUAUCUUUAUGCAUUGUACCUCAUCUGGGCAGUAUUCGAGAUGUUUACCCCCAUCCUCGGGAGGAGUGGUUCGGAAAUCCCACCUGACGUCGUGUUGGCUUCCAUUUUGGCUGGUUGUACCAUGAUCCUUUCUUCCUAUUUUAUUAACUUCAUCUACCUUGCCAAGAGCACAAAGAAAACCCUGCUGACUCUCUCCUCGGUGUGUGCGGUCACACUCCUCCUGGUCUGCAGUGGCGCAUUUUUCCCGUACAGCUCUCAUCCCGCCAGCCCGAAGCCGAAGAGGGUGUUUCUCCAGCAUAUGACUAGAACAUUUCAUGACCUGGACGGACACGUAAUGAAACGGGACUCCGGAAUAUGGAUCAAUGGGUUUGAUUACACGGGCAUGUCUCACGUAACGCCUCACAUUCCUGAGAUCAAUGAUACCAUCCGAGCUCACUGUGAGGAGGACGCACCCCUGUGUGGCUUCCCGUGGUACCUCCCGGUGCACUUCCUGAUCAGGAAAAAUUGGUAUCUUCCUGCCCCAGAAGUUUCUCCAGGAGAUCCUGCUCAUUUCAGACUCGUGUCCAAAGAACAGACACCCUGGGAUUCUGUGAAGCUGACGUUUGAAGCCACAGGACCGAGCCACAUGUCCUUCUACAUUCGAACCCACAAAGGGUCAACACUCUCUCAGUGGUCUCUUGGCAACGGCACCCCGGUCACAAGUAAAGGAGGGGACUACUUCGUGUUUUACUCCCACGGGCUCCAGGCCUCUGCAUGGCGGUUCUGGAUAGAAGUACAGGUCUUGGAAGAACGGCCUGAAGGAAUGGUCACUGUGGCCAUUGCUGCCCACUACUUUUCUGGGGAAGAUAAGAAAUCCUCCCAGCUGGAUGCUCUGAGAGAGAAGUUCCCAGACUGGACAUUUCCCUCUGCCUGGGUGUGCACCUACAGUCUCUUUGUGUUUUAGUCUUCUGGAGGAGCGCGGUUUGGAUGCCCAGCAGGAUACCCCCCGUGACGCGGUUUCUCCCCGCGUUAACAUGGAUGUCUGUAAGUCAGUGAUUUUGAAUGAGCA